AUGUGGUUCAUCUCUGCUAGCGUUGAGAAGAUUCUUCAGCAUGUUGGCAUAUGUGUUCACAGGCUCCUCGAAAAUCCACAGAAUCAUAUUUCUUAUCUUCCGGUGGGAAGCCUGUUGUUUGCGCUUGAAUUUUCGCUUGAGCAUUCGGUAUCAUUCAAGUGGCCCAAGAAAACAUUCGAUUCGUCUGCGCCAGCGGCGCUUUCAAAUAAAAAUGAAUUGGGUGCAUCCGCGUCAUCUUUAGAUGAUCCAAAAUCUCCUUCGGCUUCUCUAGAUGGCCUUACGCCAAAUGUAUCGUCUCUGAAGACCGAGAUUCUUCGUCAAAAAGAACUAAACUCUCAACAAAAAUAUAGACCAGAAUGUAUGGAUGUUGGUCACCUGAAGGCUGAAAUAUCGCCUCAAGCUGGGCUUGGUUUUAUUAAAGUCACUGAUUGGUAG